UGCAAAAUAUUAAGGCGAGCGGAGCAGAGGAGUUUCCGUUAUCCAAUCUCUUUCUCUCUCUAACAAAUACUCUCAUUUUUUCUUAUCUCUCCUUUCUCUCUCUCUCUAGAAAUUUCUAUCGUCCUUCAAAACAAAAAUAAACUUUUUAGGGUUUUUGCAUAUCUGUAUUUUUCUCCUUGGAAUUCUAAUCGUCGUGUAUUGCAGCCAUGGUUUCCGAUUCGAUCAUUCCUUCUGCUGCUGCUGCUUCUAAAGAUUUCAGCAAGAAGAAGCGGGCGAACAGGUCAGCCAAAUUGAAGCAGUGCAAACUUGAUGCCCGUCGCGAGCAAUGGCUUUCUCAAGGUGCAGCAGUCAAGAACAAAGGAACCAAAGGGGAACCACUGGCCGGCCAACCACCAUCAUUUCGUCCUUGUGAGAAUGAGAAUGAGAGGAAGAAUGUGAAUGUGAUAGAGAAUUUAGAGACGAGGCAAAGAGGAAGGGUAAGGGGAAGCGAAGAAGAGAAAGAAUAUCAUGAUUUUGAUACUGAUUCACCUUCUAGUAGUCCCACUGGUAGCAGCAGCGGUCUUAGCGGCACUGAUGCUGGUACUACUUAUACAGGCUCUUCCUCCUCCAGCUCCAGCAGCAGCAGCAGCAGCAGUAGUGGUGGUUGUUGCUCUGGUAGCAUUACAGAGGAAGAGGAAGAAGCUGAUGAUAAUUGCUUGGAUGAUUGGGAGGCUGUUGCUGAUGCUUUAGCUGCUGAUGAUGAUAACAAACAUGAAAAUCAUAAUGAGGAUACUUCUCCGUGUUUGGAGUCAUCUUCCCAGCAGAUUGAAUCAGAUACUAAUUUGAACAAUUUGAGUUCUGCUCAUGAGGAUUUCAAGCAGGAGGAGCAUCCACCUACACUGCCUCCUGGGAACUGCAGGGCGUGGAGGCCAGAUGAUGCAUUUCGCCCACAAAGUCUGCCUAAUUUGUCAAAGCAGCGAAGUUUUCCUAAUGGGGACAGGCGAUAUGGCCAUGGUGGAGGUGGAAUCCCGUGGUCCUAUACAAAUGUUGUUAAUGUGCCUUCUUCUUGCCCUAUAUGCUGUGAGGAUUUGGAUGGCACUGACACUAGUUUCUUGCCCUGCAUAUGUGGCUUUCGGCUUUGUCUUUUCUGCUACAAUAGAAUCCGACAGGUGGAUGGGCGCUGUCCGGGUUGUAGGAAAAACUACGAGGACAAUCCGGUGCAGUCAGAGCUCAGGGAUAAUGGAGGUUGUAUGACUUUCAGGUUGCCGCGCUCCUAUAGCAUGGUUGCAAGGUCCUCGUAGGAUGAUGGCUCUCUGUUUUUGUUGAAUUAUGUAUGUGGGGUCUGUCUCUCUCUUCUUUUAGUGUGUUUUGCUUGUUCUGUAAUAGCUUAAGACUCAUUUCAGUAGAUCUCUAGUUGUGGGGUACAGCUGGUUAUGUCUUUCAGCAAUCGGAACUGAUAUGCUUCUCCUAUGAGCUUGCUUUUUAUCUGAAUGGUGCAUAUGUUGGUGUAGGGGACUCAGUGUUUGGUAUGUGAAUAGAUAAGGUGGUAUAGAUAUACAUAAAAAUGAUUACAAUA